AUGGAUCGAUCCGCUGCCUCCGUUCACAGUUGCGACGUCGAUCUGCAGACACCGCCCGAGACUACAACCCGGCCGAACCCUUUCGAAGAUGAUGACGCUUCUUCUCGCAAACGCCGCCGCACAUCUGCAUCGGCUUCCAUGUCGCCAGUCCAAGACGGCUCCUUUGAUAACUUUACCGAGUUCAAUAAUACCAAUGAUAUAAUUGACAAGAACAAUAGAAACAGAGCUCUACAAGAAGCCAUUUCCGACCCAGACAAUCUUACCCACGAAGUUCAGACGCCCGGGGCCGCAGACUCGCCAACCCCCCUUGAUCCUUCCGGCCAGCUCACGCUCAGUUUGCGACGAAUGGUGGAAGACGACCGCAACGAUAGAUUACAGCCAGGCAAAUGCCUACUACGUUCAGGAUUCAAUUCGCCAUUGUUGGAGCAAGACGGCACAUCGGAUCAGUACGGAGACACGAUGGUGCCGUCAUGUGCCGACACGUCGUCUUCUGAUCUAGAAGAAGUCAUCACGCCUCCUGAAUCCUUUCCGUUUCGACGAGAAAGGGAUGAACUACACGAGCCUGUAAUUCGGUUCGCACAAUAUCUGUCCAACGGCAAGAACACCCAUCAAAUGCGCCUCAAAAUCUCGAUGCUGACAGCUGGAAACAGAGCGCAGCAUUGA